CCAAAAACAAAAUUAAACAAAGAAGUUCAAUGUGUGAUCUCCAUCUGUCUAAACACGUUAUUGACUUAAAAAUAAGUCACUAAAAAUUUAUAUUCAGAAAUUCGGAAAGCCAUAAUAUAAUGAAUCGCAAUAUGAACAAGCUUAUAUAAACAUUUCGCAAUAUGAACACUUAUAUAAACAUUCCGCAAUAUAAACGAGCAGUUAUAUACUCACUCUAUUCUUAAAAGAUUCAUAUUCUAAAGAAAACUUUUGUUUCAACAAAAUAUAUAUUUUAUAUUUUUAAUGUAGUUUUUGUCAAUUAAUAAUGAGAAAUUGUGAAGUUCAGAAAUAUGAAUUGCAUUUUUUAAAAUUUUAUUGGUUUAAAAAUAUAAAAAAUAUAAAAUUACAAAAAACUAUGCAUGAGUUUUAAUAUGUUUUAUUAAAAAAUGUGAAAAUUCUAAAACAUUUAUCUUAUAGAAACGGAUGGAGUAAACAUUUUUGUGUAUGAACAAGCAACUAUAUAAACAUUUCACAUUUCUAUAAAGAAUCGGUAAUAGUGAUACUACGUGAGGUUUUCACUUUUCAUUUUUCAUGGUGUAAAACAAAGAUGAUUUUCAAUAUGUAUUAUGUUCGUUUUUGAAGAGAACAUGAGAUUAAAAUGAUUUGUGAUUCCGCGUUUUGGGUUAUGGAAAUCUUCAAUAAACAUGGUUGGAUUAUUGACAGCCGGAAUCGAAUGUUUUCUUUGUUUAUUAAUUUAUUUGAUUUGGUAAACGAUAUUUGUUUGUUAAUUUAUGAUAAAAGAAACGGUCGAAUUCCGAACGAAGUAGUCAUGGAGCAAAGUCAACUUUUGUUUCAUCAUUUUGCUGAGGGUUCGUUGUUAUAGAUCGAAAAAGGUGGUUCUUGUGGUUUAGUAAACAUUAGUCAGAGCCUAAAUCAAAUAAAAUCUCUACUUCUUGUUGCUUUCUUGUGAAGUAAGUCAUCUUUUUGUAUUUUUCGAUCAAAUGUCGCUCUUCCGAGAAUAUUUCUACAGAAAAGCUCCGGAUCGGCUCGUCGAGAUAUCCGAGCGUGUAUAUGGUAUUACGACUCUCUGUUUGUAAUCGUAUUAUAACUCUCUAUUUCAGUAUAAAUGAUUUUUUUCAUUUCUUUGCAGCUUUUGACUGUUGUUUCUCCAACGAUGUUAUGGGAGAGGAUGAGUACAAACUGUACCUGGGUGGCAUCGUAGCACAGCUGCAUUAUCUUUACCCGGAUGCCUCAUUCAAGGUGUGUAACUUCAGAGCAGGAGACCAACAGAGUCAAAUAUCAACACUACUGUCUCAAUACGGCAUGUCGGUAAUGGACUAUCCUAACCAACACGAGAGUGUUCCGCUUUUACCUCUCCAAGUGAUCAGUCAAUUCCUAAUAACAAGCAAAAGCUGGUUAAGUCAACAAAAUAUUCUGUUGAUGCAUUGCGAAAGAGGUUGUUUGCCUCUUCUUGAUUUUAUGUUAUCAGCAGUAUUAUUGUACAUCAAAAGGUAUCAUGGCGAUCAGAAGACUUUGGAGUUGGCAUAUAACCAGGCUCCUAAGGAGCUUCUUUGUCUUUCGUCUGCUCUAAACCCACAGCCUUCUCAGUUAAGAUAUCUUCGGUACAUCUCCACAAGAGAUUUAGGCUCUGACUGGCCUCCUCCAGAGGCACCUCUUGUUUUGGAUUGCUUGAUUCUCAGAGGUCUCCCACAUUUUGAAGGGGUAAAAGAUUGGAGACCAAGUUUAAGGAUUUUAGGUCAGGACCAUAAAGCCCCAACAAACAGGAGCUCCAUACUUCUCUUUUCCACACCAAAGACAAAUACCUUCUACCAACAAGAAGAGUGUAUCCAGGUGAAGUUAGAUAUCCAGUGCCAUGUUCAAGGGGAUAUUGUUCUGGAAUUAAUAAACUUGAAUGAUGACUUGGUGCGUGAGGAGAUGGUCUUUAGAAUCAUGUUCAACACAGCAUUUGUACGUGGUAAUGUUCUAAAGGUCCAAAGCGAUGAGAUGGAUAUACUUUGGGAGGCCAAGGACCAGUUCCCAGGGGAAUUUAAGGCAGAGGUACUCUUCUCUGACGCUGACCCCAUGGUGCCUGUUACUGAAAGAGCACCACCACCUCCUCCGAUGCGUAGAGGAGCCCCACCACCUCCAUUUGGGUCUGGUGGACCUCCUCCACCACCACCACCACUUCCAUUUAGGUCUCGUGAACCUCCACCACCACCACCUCCUCUGAUGCGUAGAGGAGCCCCACCACCACCUCCAUUUAGGUCUGGUGGACCUCCGCCUCCACCACCACCUCCUCCGAUGCUUAGAAGAGCCCCACCACCACCUCCAUUUAGGUCUGCUGGACCUCCACCUCCACCACCACCUCCUCCGAUGCUUAGAAGAGCCCCACCACCACCUCCAUUUAGGUCUGCUGGACCUCCACCUCCACCACCACCUCCUCCGAUGCUUAGAAGAGCCCCACCACCACCACCGCCACCACCUCCUCCGAUGCGUAGAGGAGCCCCACCAUCACCACCACCUCCACCACCACCACCUCCAUUUAGGUCUCGUGGACCUCCGCCUUUUCAUUGGGUUAUACCAAGGAGGGUCUUUCUUGUAAGCUCAUGGGAGGAGAUACCACAGAGACAUGAGGAAGGACAAACUGCACCAGAGUUUGAUGUAUCAGAAAUAGAGACUCUUCUCUCUGCUAGAGUGCCAAAACCGGCUGAUAAAGCCCCACCGCCACCACCACCACCACCUCCCCGAAUGCAUAGACGAAGAGGAUGUGGUCUUCCACGUCCAGGUUUGAGGUCUUCAACUCAGAAGAAGUCUUCUCUUAAGCCUUUUCAUUGGGUUAAGAUAACAAGGGCCGCGCGGGGAAGCUUAUGGGACGAGUUUCAGAGACAUGGGGAAGGACAAACGUAUUAUACUAACUCCAUCCUUGUAUUAUAUACCUUUAUGUUUAUAUUACAAAAAAAAAAAAAAAAACUAUUGAGAGUUAUUGGGAUUGGUUUGCAACUAAUUAAUGAUCUUAUUUCUGAUAGUGCACCAGAAUUUGAUAUAUCAGAAUUAGAGACCCUUUUCUCUGCUAAAGUGCAAAAACCGACUGAUAAAUCUGGAAACCAACCGGUUUGGGCAAUACCUGAAACAAUUCAACUGAUUAACCUUAAGAAAGCCCAUAACGUGGAAAUUAUUCUUUGGAGAUUAAAGAUUCCGCUGCGUGAUAUUAUCGCUGCAGUUCUGGCUAUGGAUGAAUCUAUAGUAGAUAUUGAUCAAAUAGUUAAUCUUACAAAGUUUUGCCCAACCAAGGACGAAAUGGAACUUCUUAUGAACUACAGUGGUGACAAGGCUACCUUGGGAAAUUGUGAGCAGUACUUCCUAGAGCUCAUGAAGGUGCCAAGAGUAGAAUCCAAGCUGAGAGUAUUUUCCCUCAAGGUUCAUUUUGGCACUCAGAUAUCAGAACUCAAACAACGUUUAGAUUUGUUAAACUCUGCGUGUGAUGAGGUAUACAAUAAGUUACUUCUAGUUUUUGGUGCAGUCCAUAUCUUUCUUAGACAUAUUCUCCUCUUGCUUGUUGAUCAGGUCCGUUCUUCACAAAAGCUAAAGGAAAUUAUGAAAAGGAUUGAUUACCUAGGGAAAAAAAACCAAGGACCUGCGAGGGGUAAGACCCUUGCCCUGCGUUCUCCAGGCGUUGCAGUGGGAUUCAAGUUAAAAAAUCUAUUAAAUGUAGGCCACACACGUGGUGCUAGCAGCAUGCAACAUCUCUGCAAGGACCUUGCUUCCAGGGAAUCAGAUCUAAUGGACUUCCAUAAGGAUCUUGAAAGUCUUGAAUCAGCUUCAAAGAUACAACUGAAGUCCCUGGAUGAGGAUAUGCAAGCUAUAAUCAAAGGAUUAAACAUACUGAACCAGGAGCUCACUGCAUCCGAAAGUGAUGGUCCUGUUUCUGAAGUAUUCCAUAAAUUACUGAAGGAACUCGUUUCAAUUGCUGAUACUGAAGUGGCAUCUGUAUCAAGUCUUUACUCCGUUGUGGGAGAGAAUGUUGAUGCACUUGUGUACUACGUUGGCGAGAAUCCCAUACAUUGUCCAUUUGAACAAGUUACUGCAAACCUCGUGAAUUUUGUAAGGUUGUUUAAGAAAGCACACGAAGAGAAUGUCAAGCAAGCAGACUUGGAGAAGAAAGAAGCUGCUAAGGAUAAGAAAGUGAAGAAGGGAAAAGGACUCAGUCUCACAAGAAAAGUGAUUGACCCUGAUAGAGCGGAUAAUUUGGAAAUUAUGCUUUGGAGAGUAAAGAUGCCACUGCCUGAUAUGAUGGCUGCAGUUCAGGCAAUGGAUGAUACUGUACUAGAUAUUGAUCAGAUAGAGAAACUUAUAAUGUUUUGUCCAACCAAGGAAGAGAUGGAACUUCUUAAUGAUUUACUGCAGAACUACACUGGUGACAAGGAAAGGUUGGGAAAGUGUGAGCAGUACUUCCUGGAGCUAAUGAAGGUUCCCCGAGUUGAAUCGAAGCUGAGAGUAUUUUCCUUCAAGAUUCAAUUCCACACUCAGGUAGAAGAAUUAAGGAAAAGUUUAAAUGUGGUAAAGUCUGCAUGUGAGGAGAUCCGUUCUUCACAAAAGCUGAAAGGAAUUAUGAAAAGGAUUCUUUACCUGGGGAACACAUUGAACCAAGGAACUGUGAGGGGUAAGCAUUAUGAUAUUAUUAACAUCUUUUUGCUCAAAACAUUACUUAGCUAUGUUCAACGUGAGCUUGAUUUCAAGAGUGGGGCUGAUAAGACCCUUGAUCUGCUUUCCGCAGGCGCUGCAGUGGGAUUCAAGUUGGAAAGUUUAUUAACAUUAAGCGAUACACGUGCUGCUAACAGCAAGAUGACUCUCAUGCAUUAUCUUUGCAAGGUCUUUGCUUAUAAGGCGUCACAUCUACUGGACUUCCAUAAGGAUUUUGAAAAUCUUGAAUCAGCUUCAAAAAUGCAAUUGAAGUCGCUGGCUGAGGACAUGCAAGCCAUUAGCAAAGGAUUGGAAAUGCUGGACCAGGAGCUCACUGCAUCCGAACGUGAUGGUCCUGUUUCUGAAGUUUCCUAUAAAAGGUUGAAGGACUUCAUGCGUAUUGCUGAGACUGAAGUGGAAGCUAUCAGGCGUCUUUACACUGAGACGGGCAGGAAUGCUGAUGCGCUUGCGCACUAUUUUGGCGAGGAUCCCAGCCGCUAUCCAUUUGAACAAGUUACUGGGACUCUUACGAAAUUUAUAAGGUUGUGGAAGAAAGCACACGAAGAGAAUGUCGAGCAAGCAGAGCUGGAGAAGAUGGAAGCCGCUAAGGAAGCGAGAAUGAAGAUGGCGAAAGGACAAUUCGGUUUCACACUAAAAAACCAGCUAGCUGACCCAUGAACUUACAUAUAAGUAAUUUGGUGUGAGAACUCGGAUAUUUUGUGUCAAUCUAAACAGAGUGGUGUAAAGAGGAAGCAAGAUGCAUAUCUUGCCUCAAUAUUUUACGAACUGUACAACAAUUAUUACGCUGAAUCACAAAUAUAAUAUGUUUGCUUUAGAAAAAAAACAUGUGAUUAAGUGAUUUAAGAUUCCGCGUUUUGGGUGAUUGAAGCAUCAACCUUUCAAGAUACAUGGUGGGAUUCUUGACAGCCAGAAUCGCGUUUUUUUCCUUUGUUUAUUAUUUUUUUGGUAAACGAUAUUUGUUUGUUAAAUAUGAUAA